AGGCAUGAGCCACCAUACCUUGCCAUAUUUCAAAAAUUUUUUUAAGGAGGAAAGGAUCCACAAAGGUAAAGUACUUAGGGCCCAUCAAUGUCAGAUGCAGCCAUGUGGGGAAAGAACACUCCCUGAGCAUAAGACACUGAGGAACCCAGUCUCCAGUGUCACAAACAGGCCUGCCCAGCCAGGUCUGCCCCCACUCACCCCCUCCAGCCUGGGUAACGACACCAAGCCCUGCCCUAGCGCUGACAGCGUGGGAGGGGCCACUAAUGGCCCAGCCUUACCCCUAACCAAGAGCCCUUUGCCAGGGAUUCUGAGGUAGCCCUGAUGCCUGGCCUGGCUGGGCCUCCCAAACCAAGGCCCGCCCCUUGGCCCGCCCCUGGCUGGGGUGGGGUGACCCAUACAAAAGCUCAGAAUUUCCAGCAGUGGCUCCUUCCUCCAGGAGUCUCUGGUGCAGCUGAGGCACGGAAUCUGGCCAAGCCCUGCUUAGACCCCCACCCUGGGGUCAGGAAGUUUGGAGGAUGAGGCCCUUCAGCCCUGAGGUUGCCCUCGAUCAAUCCCAUGCCAUGGCAGCCCACCUGCUUCCCAUCUGCGCCCUCUUCGUGGCCUUAUUCGAUAUGGCCCAAGGCUCCAGGGGCCCCUUGGUACCCAACCGGCCCUUCACCACCGUCUGGAACGCAAACACCCAGUGGUGCCUGGACAGGCACGGCGUGGACGUGGAUGUCAGUGUCUUCGAUGUGGUAGCCAACCCAGGGCAGACCUUCCGAGGCCCUGACAUGACAAUUUUCUACAGCUCCCAGCUGGGUACCUACCCCUACUACACACCCACUGGGGAGCCUGUGUUUGGUGGUCUGCCCCAGAAUGCCAGCCUGAUUGCCCACCUGGCCCGCACAUUCCAGGACAUCUUGGCUGCCAUGCCUACUUCUGACUUCUCAGGGCUGGCGGUCAUCGACUGGGAGGCAUGGCGCCCACGCUGGGCCUUCAACUGGGACACCAAGGACAUUUACCGGCAGCGCUCACGGGCACUGGUACAGGCGCAGCAUCCUGAGUGGCCAGCUUCUCAAGUGGAGGCAGUAGCCCAGGACCAGUUCCAGGGAGCUGCACGGGCCUGGAUGGCAGGCACCCUCCAGCUGGGGCGGGCACUUCGCCCUCGAGGCCUCUGGGGCUUCUAUGGCUUCCCUGAAUGCUACAACUAUGACUUUCUAAGCCCCAACUACACAGGCGAGUGCCCAGCAGGUAUCCGUGCCCAAAAUGACCAGCUAGGGUGGCUGUGGGGCCAGAGCCGUGCCCUCUACCCCAGCAUCUACAUGCCUGCAGUGCUGGAGGGCACAGGGAAGUCACAAAUGUAUGUGCGUCACCGUGUGGGUGAGGCAUUCCGUGUGGCUGUGGCUGCUAGGGCCACCAAUCUGCCAGUGCUGCCCUAUGUCCAGAUCUUCUAUGACAUGACAAACCACUUUCUACCCCUGGAUGAGCUGGAGCACAGCCUGGGAGAGAGUGCAGCCCAAGGGGCAGCCGGAGUGGUGCUCUGGGUGAGCUGGGAAAAUACGAGAACCAAGGAAUCAUGUCAGGCCAUCAAGGAGUAUGUGGACACUACACUGGGACCCUUCAUCCUGAACGUGACCAAUGGGGCCCUUCUCUGCAGUCAUGCCCUGUGCUCCGGUCAUGGCCGCUGUGUCCGCCGCCCCGGCCACCCCAAAGCCCUCCUCAUCCUUAACCCUGCCAGUUUCUCCAUCCAGCUCAAGCCUGGUGGUGGGCCCCUGAGCCUGCAGGGUGCCCUCUCACUUGAAGAUCGGGCACAGAUGGCUGUGGAGUUCAAAUGUCGAUGCUACCCUGGCUGGCAGGGAGCGUGGUGUGGGCAGAAGAGCAUGUGGUGAUUGGCCACACAUUGGGAUGCACACAUUGAGAACCUAAUGCACUCUGGGUCUGUCCAGGGCUUUCUCAAAUACAGGCACAGUCACAAGUCAUGGUCACAGUGAGGAGUACACUCAGCCACUGUCAUGAGCAUAUGCCGUACACACACAUGCAUACUUACAGACUGGAAUAGUGGCAUAAGGAGUUAGAACCACAGCAGACACCAUCCAUUCCAUGUCAAUAUGCAUCUACUUGGCAGGGUGAGAGACAAUUCCUCCAGAGACACUGAGCCAGUCUUUGAGCUGCAGCAGUCACGAAGGCUCACAUUCACUGAGCGCCUACUCUGCCAAUAUCCGUGCUAAGCAUUUUAUGUUGACUUAUUCUUUCCUCACAAUGAGGCUAUGAGGAAACCGAGGCACUCACAGUGAGGGUAAGCACUUUGCCAAGGUUGCACAGCAAGAAAAGUGAGAAAUUGAGAUUCAAAGCCAGGCUGUCUGGCUCCAGGGGUACAGCCCUGGCACUCCUAACUGAGUGUAUGGUAACCAGCCCUGCACGACCCCUGAAUCUGCUGAGAGGCAGCAGCCCAGCAAAUAAAGCAGUCAUGAUUUACUUAGCUGUUUAUUGAGCGCCUAAAAUGUCCAGGCCCCGGUAUCCAAAGGGCACAGGAAAGGCUUGUCACUCUCACCAGAUCUGACGUCAGUCUAAGGGCGGCUGCUUCCCAGGGUAGGCCCAAAUUUCAGGAGGAAGCCCCACCUGAUCUAACCAUUUCCAAGCUGUCCUGGGGCAGGAGGCCGGCGGGAACUAGGGCAGGGCUGGCGGAGGAAAAGCCAGCUGGAGGUGGUGCCUGCGCCUGGUUGAAGGGGUGACCCGCAGGGCCUGGAUGAAGCCAAAUAGAGGUGGGACCUAACCUGUGACGCAAUGAGGAGGCGGGGCCUGUAUGGGGCCGGGCGGGGAGGAGGCGGAGUCAACUGGAGAUGGGGUGGGGCUCAGCAAGGGCGGAGCCAGAGCAGAGACUGAGUCUGCGCCUGCUGAGUGUUGUGACGCGCAAACGAGGGGAGGGGCCUAAGCGGCUACGCGCGGGUGCAUUGGCGCGCCGCGGAUAGCGACCGCUGCCGUACAGCCGCCGCACCACUGGGGGCCAGCGCUUUCGGACUUAGGAGUCCGAGCCGGCGACUGAGUGAGAUACCCAGCCGUGCGGAGCUAGGACGCGGAACAUCCCGGAGGCCGCAUCAACAUCCUGCCACCUGCCUACCACCAGGCCUUUGUCCGACAUCGCCUGGAGGAGGCCUUCCGUGUGGCCCUUGUUGGGCACCAACAUCCCCUGCCUGUCUUGGCCUAUGUCCGCCUUACACACCGGAGAUCUAGGCGGUUCCUGUCCCAGGAUGACCUUGUGCAGACCAUUGGUGUGAGCGCAGCACUAGGGGCAGCCGGCGUGGUGCUCUGGGGGGACCUGAGCCUCUCCAGCUCUGAGGAGGAGUGCUGGCAUCUCCAUGACUACCUGGUGCACACCUUGGGCCCCUAUGUGAUCAAUGUGACCAGGGCAGCAAUGGCCUGCAGUCACCAGCAGUGCCAUGGCCACGGGCGCUGUGCCUGGCGAGAUCCAGGACAGAUGGAAGCAUUUCUACACCUGUGGCCAGACGGAAGCCUUGGAGGUUGGAAGUCCUUCAGCUGCCACUGUUACUGGGGCUGGGCUGGCCCUACCUGCCGGGAGCCCAGGCCUGGGCCUAAAGAAGCAGUAUAAAGCCAGGGCCCCUGCCACUGCCUCUUCUUUCCCUGCUGCCACUUUUCCAGUCCAGGAGCUACUGUGUCCCACUCUUGCUCUAUUCAGCUUACCAACCCUCCCAAAAGCACACACUCCACUUCUCUUGGAAUCCCUGAGGCAUGGAAGGGGCCAGAAAAAAGGCUUAUAAAACCAGAGGCCUUCUGAGAUCACGUGACUCCUCCAUGGCAAGGAAGCAGUUCCAGGGAGAGUCACGUUCCAGCUAGUUAGGGGUGCCAGCCCAGGGCUUUGUACCUACACCUUACUAGACCCAUGGAGAGGUCACAGGAGAUGGGCCAUGCGCGGGCAGAUGGGCCCCAAAAAAUCUUGGCUAAGGUCUGUUAAGUGCUAAGCUGUUGUCUGUACUCUUUCAUCAUAAAAUCACUUUUUCUUCCA